AUGGCCGAUCCUGACGAGUUUUACGAGGUCCCGUCUUGUGGAGCACGGGAAUAUCGUGCUCCCGUGCUAAAGAGGACGGAAGUUUGGGGUUCCCGUGCCCUUGCGGACGGGAACAGUAAACCACCGUGCCCUACGGGUACUGAAGGUGAUUUUGACGGCGAGUUUACAACUGAUCGUGACAAAGCGUACAACGAGUACGAGGAUCCCAACAUGUGUUUCGAUGUUCCUCAAGACACACCAACAACUUCUGAGGAUCACAGUCAACAUUUCAAUGUAGGUGUUGAGUUUGAAACUGGGAAAGAAUUAGUGGAAUGGGCAAAAAAAAUGGCUGCUACUCAUGGUCAUCGAUUGAUAGUAACUUCAAGCAAGAAAAACGUCGAAAAUUCAAACGAUGGACUAUGGCGAAUGAAUUUAAAAAGUGGCACUCACACUCACCCGAUACUACCGUAUCCUACCGGACAAGGACCGGAUAGUCGUUUGACACCAGAAGAAUACGAGGUAGUGAAGUUACUUAGAAGGAGCCACGUGAAGCCGGCAUUAAUUAUGGAUCGAUUGAGAAAGGAUAAUCCACAGACAUCAACGAGUGUGAAACAUGUCUACAACCAACUUGAGAAGAUGAAAAAAGAGAAUAUGGCGGGGAAGACUGUGAUACAACACGUGAUGUCGAACCUUCAAGAAUCUGGAUAUGAAUAUUGGUAUCGAAGUAAUGAAGCUGAUGAUACACUUACUGAUUUGAUGUUCGCUGCUCCUAAAUCGUUGAAGCUUUUGCGGUUAUUCUCUCACGUUAUAUUGAUGGACUGCACUUACAAAACCAAUAGGUAUGAGAUGCCACUUUUGGAAAUAAUAGGAAUCACUCCUGCUGGUAAGAAUUUUACAAUUGCUGUUGCUUUCAUGUCACAUGAAGAUGCAAACACAUACGAAUGGGCUUUGCGUUGUUUGAAAUGUGCAUUAGGGGGGCUGGUACCUAAUGUGAUAUUGACGGAUCGUGAAUUGGGACUUAUCAAAGCAAUGCCUCUAAUAUUUCCAGAUUCCGCUCAUUUCUUGUGUUUGUUUCACAUCAAUAGAAACGUGGAAAAAAAUGCAUCGAGAUUUAUUGGUAGUACUAAACACGGGCUUAUAUGUCGGCGCAUACAGUGGGCAAAAUUAGUGGAAUCAAAAACAGAAGAAGAUUACAAUGAUAAUUACGAGGAAAUGGUUAGACGCUAUGGUUGUUACCCCAAAUUGAUAUCAUACCUUAACGAUACUUGGCUAAUUUACAAGCACAAAUUCGUCAAAGCAUGGACUAAUAAGAUUUUGCAUUUUGGGAACACGUCGACAUCUAGGGUGGAAAGUGCUCAUAAAUCGUCGAAGGGUUGGAUUAAUGCUUCUACCGGUGGUGUGAACACCAUUCAAUAUCAGCUCGACUCCGGGGUUGAGUAUCAACUAACCAAGAUCAAGGGUGAGUUUUCAAAAUGCAGUUUAAUCCGAUUGCACUCAUCAUCGUAUCCGGUAUUUCAGGGUUUGAUAUGCAAAGUCACACAUAAAGCAUUAAAUUUGCUUGAUGAUGAGCUCAAAAAACCGGGGUUUGAAGACCCAUCUCUUUGUGAUCACGUUUUGUGGGAUACUCAUGCACUUCCUUGUGCAUGCCAAAUUGCGUUGAAAAUCCAGCAACGUGAUACAUUUAUAUGUAUGGAUCUACAUCCAUUUUGGAGUACCAUGCACGUUGAAGAACCAGAAAUACCCGAAGCACAGAUGGAUCGUGAAACAAAUAUGAGAGACCGAAUAAUCAGACUAGCCACGGAAGUGUUAGAAAAAUAUUAUAUGACUCAAAAGAUGACUGCUGAUUACAUGAAUAGCACUAUUCAUCCAGACACCACCCACUUGGCAGAGCCUGCAUAUGUUAUACCGAAAGGAAGGCCAAAGGAUAAAUCGACGAAGAGAGAUAAAUCCAGUUGGGAGUUUCCACCAUUCCAGCGGAAGCCGUCUACUGGUGAAGAAAAGGGUAAAUCGUCUGCAGGUUCUAAGGGUCGAAAAAGUACUUCUACCGGAACCCCACCAUCGAAAGUAACCGAUCCCGGUUCUGGUCGUUGA